UGUGCAGUGUGUACGCUACAGCACAAGUCGGCAGACGCUUUCUCCCGCGGCCUCGCCGCUGCACCGCCCGGCCGGUAUCCCUUCUUCGUCGUGGCGCCACCCAGUCACAGCCAGGCGCGUGUCCUGGUGGUUACACAAUACACUAGUGCGCAUAUAAAAGGGCCCUGCGCCCUGCGCUGGUGUAGCGGACUGCAGGCUCCAAGAAACGCGAGGAUCGAUCCAGGGGUCUAGCUAAGCGUUAACAAGUUGUCGUUGCUCUCGAUGCAGUAGCUUUUCGUCCAGGAGAAGCAAGCAAGCUCUAGCUUCUUGGAGCCGGCCGGCCAGACGGCCAGUCGAGGUUAUCUCAGCUCAGGCAGGAGAAAGAAAUGUUGCGCGAGAGAUGGCAGGGAUGCGUUUUCAUUAUCGUCCUCAUCCUCUCGGAAGCGUCAGGCAAUUCUCUGGGGGACAACACGAUCCUCCUCUCGGAGACGGAGAGUUCUCCGUCGGACCUCGCAAAAAUCAUCGUCCGGUCUAAGCAGACCAAGCAGGCGCACGUGUGCAAUGGAGCAGACCACCGGCUACUGCGAUCGCUCGCCCACACCGGAGCGGAGGUCAUGGUGACCAUCCCAAACUCGCGGCUGCAGCACAUGGCCGAGUUCCGGGAGGAGGCCCUGCUCUGGGUCGCCACCAACGUGGCGCCGUUCCUCCCGGCGACCAUGAUCACGCACGUCCUGGCGGGAGACGACGUCCUGUCCGGCUCCAGCUCUCCCGGCGACGCCGCCUACUCGCUGGUCCCCGCCAUGCUGAACCUCCACGCCGCGCUCGUCGCCGCCCGCCUCGACGGCCGCGUCAGGGUGUCCACCGCGCUGUCGUCGGUCCCGCUCGCCCCGUCGUGGUCCGCCGGCGUCGCCGGGCUCGUCCUGCGGUUCCUGAGCGAGACCGGCUCGCCGCUCUUCCUCAAGCAGGCUCGCGCGUGGGAUGCCGCGGACGACGCGUACGCCGCGAUGCGGGCGCUGGGCUUCUCGGGCAUCCCGCUGACCGCGGCGGAGUCGGAGGAGCUCGGUGGCGCGGUGGUGUACCGCAGCUACUGGUUGCAUGGCCGUCGGCCGGCUCACGGUGGGGGCGGUGGGAGGCGGUCGCUGGCGACGGGGACGUUCUGCGUUGCGCUGCAGAACGCGGACCCGACGGCGUUGCAGGCGGGCCUGAGCUGGGCGUGCGGGCAGGGCCAGGCCGACUGCUCCGCGAUACAGCCCGGGGGAGCUUGCUACAAGCAGAACAACGUGGCGGCGCUGGCCUCCUACGCCUACAACGACUACUACCAGAAGAGCGCCAGCACCGGCGCCACCUGCUCCUUCAACGGCACCGCCACGACCACCGCCACUGAUCCCAGCUCGGGAUCGUGCGUCUUCGCAGGAAGCACCAUGGCAGGAGGGUCCAACUCGAGCGUGCCGAGCGCCAGCCCUCCGACGAGCCCCGCCCCUCCGUCGGGUGGCCUCACUCCUCCGGUCGGCUCGAGCCCUCCGUCCGACUUCGGGUCCCCUCCCACCGCAUUCGGCCCUCCCGCGGGCGGCUUCGGCCCGCCGUCUGGGUUUGGCCCGCCGUCGGCGUUCGGCCCGCCGGGGAGCUUCAACGGGAGCGGGACCUUCGGGCCGAGCGGCACCCUCGAGCCUUACGGCAUCGGGUGUCGCCACGUCGCCUCUUUGGCUGCCUCCGCCCUUGUGCCCGCCGUUCUUCUUGCCGUUCUCGUCGCGUCGCCCGGUCUGAUGUAAAUUAUGUGAGUGUGAAUUUGGAUUAGCUAUAGAGAGCUCAGGCCGUCGUCAGCUAUAGAGAGAUGACGCCCGUUCUUGUCGCGUCCUCCGACAACUCCGUAGUAACAUGUACUAGUAGCAGCGUUGUAAAAUACAGUACAAUCACAACAAUAUUGUAAUACGAUAUACAGUGGGCAUACUGAUGAAGUUGUGUUAGGCACCGGA